AUGCGUUACAUGAAUUCAACCUCAUCAUCUUCCUCCUCCUCCUCAUCAUCAUCACCGUCAUCGUCAUCAUCAUCAUUCUCUCCAUUAUCAUCGUCUAAAGACAAAACGGCGAACCGAAACUUGCCAAUAAGUGGGAAUUCCCGCGAUGUCCUGCUGAGUCACGUGAUGCAAGUGACCGACCAAUCAGACAACGAGUGCGAAACCAGAGGUACUUGUAACGAGAACGAUGCCAAUGACGAUGAUGAUGACGAGAUAAUCAUUGGGAGUUAUGAUGAUGAUAUUCACGAUGUUGCUGCUGACGACGACGAUGAUGUCAUAAACCUGGGUGGGUGUUUUCGGAGUGGGUGGAAGAGGAGGAGGAAUAAAAAAGAAUUCGCAUGCAAUGGAGGAUGGACCAUUGGAGACCACGUGCGUCUGUUCAUCAACUGGGCCGGAUGUCUCCAGACAGAUGUCUCCGGAUGUCUCCAGACGGAUCGGGACAAAAACUUUCGCAUUGCCGUCGAGAUCCUUCUACUCUGCGUUCUUCCGAUUGACUGA